AUGGGCUACAUGUUCGAGAUCAACAUGACCACCCGUGAUUGGACCGACUUUGUCGAAGCUGGGGCGGCCAUCAAGGACCUCGAUUGUGAGAACCUCCUCGUUCAGGCACCGGGUCCGGUCUGGUUUGACAUUGUGGCCGCUACCUUAAAGAAGUCCGGGUGGAGGAGCUCGGACAAGCGGGCGGCAGAGCUGGAACUGCAGCAAGCCCUUGAAUGGGGCAAAAGGGAGGAGUCAGCUUUCGAGUUCGCCGCAUGCAAUAUCGUCCAGAAGGCCGACGGAACCAUGUUCAUGGAUCAGAAGAUCUACACUGAGGUCAGUGCCAUUCGUGGGGCACUGGGCACUUUAGCAUGGCGUGCCAAUCAGGUGAGUCCGCAAUUCCUUGAAGACGUGGGCUUGAUGCACUUCGAGGUUCCACUUCCCGUUCCGGUGGCCUCUGUCGACCUGAUCCUCCGCAUCAAAAAGGUGAUCCAGGAGGCCAAGCGCAUGGCAGACCAAACACUCGUUUCCAUCCUUUUGACGAGAGCUGCAAUUGUGACAUGGGCAGACGCUGCUCAAAACAAAGGCGUCAACAAGGGCAGCACGAUUGGGAUGCUGACGUGCAUUGCGCCCAUUCGGAUCCUUGAAGACGACCGUGUUCCGAUGAACAUAGUCGCGUGGAGAAUUCAGUCAGAAGGCACCAAGGGAGUCUGGCUAGAGAUCCACGGCCAUCCUCCGGUGCGUGGACGUCAAGACGAGAUGGUCAAGAACACCAGCGCGUUGUACGGCCUCCGCAGCAGCAGAUCCGGCUAUGAGUUGACGAUUGCUGUGAAGCAAGCAGUGGCCAGCGGGAAAAAGACCCCAUGGAUCCAGAUGCAGUACUAUAGGGACUGGGUCUCUCGAGAGCAGAGCCGACCGGGUGCAGCUAGAAAAGAGGGCUGUGUCCGUGCCCCGCCGUUCGUUGUGGCACUUGUGCGCCACUUGCGCAGAGCGGAGACUGGUCUCAGUCCGAAAUCGAUCUAUGCAUCAAGCGAAAUUUUGCAAGAUGAGCUCGCAAUAGAUGAAAAUUGUUGUUUAAUGCAGGUCGUGCCUUCCAUCACAUGGGGAUGCGGCUUCUCCGUGAUUCAUGUGCUGCAAGGGGCACCUGCAUCCUUGUCUCUCUUUGCCUUGAACAGCGGCCUGCUGUACGUUUAUCAGGCAUUGCAGUGUCCCAUGGAAGCUUUGCAAGGUAGAAGAUCUUUGCUGCACAAUGUGGCAGCUGGCGGCCUCAUUGGUGCAUGGGGAGUACAGCAAGGACUUCUGGGCGUCCCGUUUGCCAGCCCUGCCUUCUUCUUCCGAUACCCACAAGUGACUCCGACAAUGGCAGCAUUCAUGGUGUAUGGCGCCGGCGCAGGUGUGAUGGCCAGCAUGCUCGGGGGCAAGGCUUUGUAA